AUGGCGCCGCCGACUCGUGCGGCUUCCCUGCGCCCCCGCAAGGCCGGCCCGCCUGUGCGCCGUGACACCGCGCGGGAUUACACGGCGCACCACGGGCUUCGCAGGCCUGCGGCGAGCUCUUGGCGUCGCAAGAAAACCAGUCCGGCGGGCAUCCGGCGAGCCUAUCGCAACAGCAGAGACUCGCGCAGCAGUUAUGAAGGCUGGCGGUGCGGCGCGGAUAUGAAAGCGCGCAUCCCUCCGCCGGUACGCAACCGCGCAGCGGACACACCACCCCAACCACCACCCUCGCCCAUCCGUCCGUCCGCCACCGCACUCAACCGUUCCGCUCCGGGGAACCCCCGCAGUGUGUUUCACAAGGCGGCGGGCACAGACAGACUUGCGGAACACGAAAGCCGGAAAGAGGCGGCGGUGCUGUGGCCACAGUGUGAGCCCGCGGUUUCGCCCACCGCGUCGCGCUCCAGCAACUGGAAAUCUGGAGGCGCUGGAGCGGCAAUGCCCGCUGGCCGUCUAGCAGAGCGGCUGCCGCUGGGACUACGGUUGGAUGUAACAGCCGGUAAGCCGCUGACACUUGGUGGUGGUGGUGGUGGUGGUGGUGGUGGUGGUGGUGGCGGUGGCGGCAAGCCAUUUCUGAUAUCCGUGUUUCCAAACAGCGUGACUAUUUUGUCUGAAAUGACCCCAGCAUAUAAUAGGUUCGAAUAG